CUUAUUUUACCAACUUUCCUUUCUCACUCCCUUUUCCCUCUCUUCCUCUCUCUUUCUCUCUCGUUUCCAUCCCUUGUUCUUUCUCCGGUUUCAACCCACCCCAACCCACUACCUCCCCCAAAAGCGCAAAGCAGCAUCAGCAGCGGAUAUGUUCGGAUGCGCUUAUAAAAUCAAACUUCUUCUAUUUAGGCUUUAGGCUUUUUGCUUUUUGCCUUUUGGCAAGAGUAUAAAGAUGACAAACAUGCGCUCUCGUGCUUUUUCGGGGGAAAGGGGGGGGAGGGGAAAGUGGUGCUAUAAAAUGGUAGGGGGAGCCCCACUCAGGAGCCAAUCAGAUCUCUGGACGUGGUUCAACAUGAUGCCUAAUCUUGUUUGGGCACGCUAUGUCUUUUUUGGGGUGUACUACUUGCUCAACUGCUUGAAUGCCCAUCUCCACCACCAUUGCAUUGAGCAGAGAGCCCCAUCUGCGUCCAAAAGAGAAAAGAUGGAAGUUUGUUGCAAGAUAGCCAACUGUUUGCUUUUUCGUUCUUUCGAGGUUUCUGCAAAGUGAACAAAUAACAGAAAGCGCAGCGUGUGAGUAGGUGAGUCAGUCAGUGAGUGAGCGAGGGAGGGAGUGAGC